AUGGUCUCCAUCUUCAGCGGCGAGGUGAACCGGACGUGGCGGUUCUGCGACGGCGGGGGCCAGCACCACGAGGUGUCGCUCUACCACCACCCGCUCACGGGCGCGCGCGCGGCGCUCGUCGACCACGAGGAGCUCGAGGGGUCCCUGGGCACGAGCUCCGUGUUCCACGGGUCGACGACGACGAUCCCCUUCGCCUGCGGCGGCUGCCGGGGCGCGAUCCACAUCCAGCGGAGCGCGUUCUUCGGGUUUUCGUACGCGUGCUCCGCGGACGGCGUCUCCGUGCCCGAGGCGACGUCCGCGACCGCCGACCCGCGGCGCGCCCCCGGCCACGCCGGUCGGUCGGGCCCCGCGCUCCGCGUGAACUCGUGCCGCGUGCUCGCGCACGUCACCACCCGCGACCACGCGUCGCCGUCCGCGCCCAUCGUCUGGUACCUCAUCGAGACGCACGCGUCCAAGGGCGACGAGGUCGCGACGACGCGCGUGCACCGCCGCUUCCGCGACUUCGCCGAUCUGGACGAGGCAAUCACCGGCGCGCUCGCGGGGCACCACGUGCGCAACUCCGUGCCGCGGCUCCCCCUCAAGAAGCUCAAGCUGUUCCAGGACCACAACGACGCCGCGUUCCUCGAGGCCCGGCGCCGGGAUUUGGACGGCUACGUCGCCAAGCUCGUGCACGUGCCCCACGUCUGGGCGACGCCGCCCGCGGCGCCCUUCGUCGGCGUCGCGAACAACGUCCGCGAGUACAGCGUCGUCUUCCCCGAGCGGACGCUCGGGUUCACGCUCGGCAAGUCGUCGGGCGCGGAGUCGCGCGAGAACGACUUCCCGGCCUUCGUGGCGUCCUGCCGGCCGCCGGACUGCCCCGUCGACAUCCGCAUCGGCGACCUGCUGUCGAAGAUCUCGGGCCGGUGCGUCAACGCGAUCAAGCACUCCCAGCGGCCCAUCAUGCUCCACUUCCUCGCGACGCUCGGCUCCGUGCCCAGCGACCCGCUGCUCCGCGCGCCCGGAGGGCAGGCGCCCUCCGGCCUCGCGCCGGCGACGCCGGACCCCUUCGCCGGCGACUUCGACGACAACCCGUUCGCGGGGUCCCUGCGCCGCGCGGCGGCCGUCGAGGUCUGGCUCGUGCGCCACGGCGAGACCGAGGCGAACGCGGGGCGCAUCACCCAGGGCCAGCAGCACGGCCGCCUCACGCGCACGGGCGCGGCCCAGGCCGCGAGUUUGGGCGCGCGGCUCCGCGUCGAGCACGCGGCGCGGCCCUUCGACGUCGUCCUCUGCAGCGACCUGCUCCGCUGCCGCCAGACCUGCUCCCUCGCGACGCGCCGCUGGCGGCCCCGGCCGCCGGCCUUCUUCCGCACGGACGAGGGCCUCCGCGAGCGGUCCGUCGGCAUCUACGAGGGCCUGCCGCACCACGCGCCGCGCGCGCCGCGGCCGCCGGGCGUGCCCGCGCGGGCCUACCGCGUGCCCCGCGGCGAGUCCUGGGAGGACGUGAACAAGCGCGCGCGGCGCCUGCUCCUGCGCCUCGGGGGCACGUUCGUCUCCGGCAAGGGCCGCCGCGACGACGACGAGAAGGCGCCGGAGGGCGCGCCCAAGAAGCCCGCGUCCGGCCGCGUGUCGCCGUCCAAGGACGAGCCGCCGCCCCCGCGCGACGACUCGCGGCUCCGCGUCCUCGUCGUCACGCACGGCGGCUUCAUCAUGGAGACGGUCAACGCGGCCCGCGGCGCCGACGGCCGCCGCGUGCCCUUCGCGGAGAACGGCGCCUACAACACGGCCAUCUACAAGUUCGAGCUCACGAAGGAGCCCCAGCACGACCGCCUCUGCUGCCGCGUGCUCUCGAUGAACGACGCGUCGCACCUCCACCGCUUCCGCGAGCGGUCGUCCGACUUCGACCUCGUCGACGAGCGGCCGGCGCUCUGGAGCGGCGCGGCCGGCGGCUCCGACGCCGCCGACGGGCUCCGCCGCUCGCGCGAUGGCGUCUCGGGCCGCUCGCGCUGCGGCUCGGGCUCCUCGGGCGGCGCGUCGGGCACGACGCUGAACUCGAACUGGCGGGGCUGCUCGGGCACGCCGUCGUCGUCGGGCGCCGACGCGCAGGCGAUCUCGCUCAGCGCGGUCCCGGUCGACCCGCCGCAGACGAAGAAGCGCAGGCCCAACCGAAAGUCGUCCGCGAGGCGCGUCGUGAAGUCGACGACGCGCGAGCUCGAGCGGCGCCAUCCGGACGACGCGCUCAACGCGUCGGCGCGCGUGCGGCGCGAGCUCGAGCGCACGGUGGACGCCUACCCGAAGGCGCGGAGCGACGAGGACGCGCUGCGCCUCGCGCGCCAGGCCCUGGCGGCCACGCAGCACUUCGUGCUGCUCUGGCAGAACCGCAUCUUCUGCGCCGCGGACCACCUCCACGCCGACAAGCACAAGAUCCACUACAUGUUCUCGCUCAUCGCGUCGAUGGCGGAGCGCGCGCCGCUGCCGAACGCGCUCUUCGUCUGGGACCAGGGCGCGCGGGGCACGGGCUGCCCGCCGGGCGCGCCGGAGACGCCCUGCUUCGUCAUCGCCAAGGUGUCGGGCUACGGCGCGCGCGGGAUUUUGGUCCCGAACCCGUACUUCUGCCACCUCCGGUUCUGGGACGACCGCGCGGGCCGCAUCCGCGGCGCCGCGGCGCUGCGGCCCUUCGCCGGGCGGGACCCGCGCCUCUUCUGGCGGGGCGGCGUCACGCGGUCCUGCAAUCCGGGCAACGUCGCGCGCGUCGCGGCGAUCUCGCUGACUUCGGACGACGCAACCGCCUUCGACGUGCGCUGCACGUCGUGCCAGCCGCCGAACAGCGACGCCUGCGGCGGCGCCUUCAACUACACGGCGAGCAUGCGACACCUCGCCGACGGCCGCAACCGGUCCCUCUUCGUGGAGCCGCACGACUUCUCGCGGUGGCGCCACGUCCUCAACAUGCCGGGGACCAUGGGCGGCUCCUACAGCCGGCACCUGAACCACCUCUGGAACCUGGGGUCGACGGUGGUCCUCUGGGACUCGCCGGCGGUGGAGUGGUACUACCCCGCGCUGCGCGACGGCGCGACGCACGUCGCGGUGACCCGCGCGUCCGCGCCGGCCGCGGUGCGCCGGCUCACGGCGGACGUGGGCGCGGCCCGGCGCCUCGCGGCCGAGGCCGCGGACGUCCACGACACCUACCUCUGCGGCGACUGCAUCGAGGCCUACUGGCGCGCGGCGCUCGACGCCGUCCGCACGCGCCAGCGCCAGGCGCGCGUGCUCGACGACGGCGCGGGCUCGCUGCUCCACGACGCGCUCCACGACGUCGACUGCGAGGCGCUCCGCGAGUUCGUCCUCGCGGACGACGCCGGCGCGCCCAUGGACGCGGAGCACGACUUCUUCGGCGGCCACCCGGGCACGUUCCGCGCGCUCGGCGACUGGGACGACCUCAACCAGCGCAGCGGGUCCCUCUUCGUCAUGGACGAGCUCAAGAGCUACCCCUGCGUCGUGAGCCACAGCGAGAUGUUCCUCAACCGCGGCGGCCUCGAGUGGGACGGCGCGACACUGCGGGGCUGCCUGAGGACCUUCGCCGCGGGCGGCGCGCUCCCGGGCGCCGCGGCGCCGAUCACGGCCAAGUUCCAGGUCAUGCUGAACCAGACCCUGCGGCAGGAGGCCGAGGCGGCGCGUGGGGGUUACGCCGUCGCGACGGGCUUCAAGUGGAUGCUGAGCCAGCGCGCGGGAAGACACUGGCCGUGGUUCGUCGAGCUCUGCCGCGACUUCGGCGUGCGCCUCGUCUUCCUGCUGCGGCGCAACGCCGCGCGCCAGCUCGUGAGCCGCCUGCUGAACGCCGAGGACAAGGCGCGGGCCCAGGCGGGGGGGCUGCGGCACUCCGCGCACCCGAACUCGGAGUCGCGGCUCGACGAGCUCCGGAGCCGCCGCGUGACGUUCCGGCGGGACCAGGUCCUCGAGCAGCUCCAGGACAUGCGCGAGAAGUGGGACGAGCUCGAGCGGCUCCGGCUCUACGCGCUCGCCCGGGGCGUGCCGUCCGCGCGCGUCGUCUACGAGGACGUCGACGCGGACCACUCGCUCGUGGGCAACCUGAGCGACUUCCUGCUGGCGGACGUGGGCGCCGAGGAGCGGGCCAACUGCGCGGCGGCCUUCGCGUCGCGGCCGCCGCCCCAGGGCCACGAGAAGAUCCACACGAGCUCGCUCGAGGACCUCAUCGUCAACUUCAAGGAGGUCUGGCACCUCCUCCACAACACGCCCUGGCGCCACUGCCUCGCGGAGGAGCCCCACCCGCCGCCGGACCCGGGCGCCCCCGCGCUCCGGUGCCGAGCGCUGUCAACAACGAAGCCCGUGGGCCCCGUGGGCGCCGUGGGCGGCGGCGGCGCGCCGGAGCUCGAGGAGGGCGACGCCUACUGGUGGGUGCCCUACGCCGUCAUGUCGGCCAUCGGCGGGCUCUGCUUCUGGUUCUAUCGCGCGUCGGCGGCGCACAGCAACCGCCUCGAGCAGCUCGACGCGAUCGGCGACGAGGUCGCGCUCGACGGCGGCGAGCGGGAGGAGCUCCGGGACCGCAACGCGCCCUUCCUCACGGCGGCCCAGUUCGCGGAGGUCUGCGCCGAGACGCGGCGCGUCCUGCGGGCGUCGGCGGCGACGGACGGCGUGGGCUACGUCGCCUUCGCGGAGGCGGCGAACCGCUUCCUCGACCGGCCGCUCGAGGGCGGCCACCUCCUGGACCGCGUCGCCAUGGUCGCCAACGCCCAGGACCGGCGCGACAGCGAGGACGUCGAGCUCGGCUACCUCUUCGCGGCGCUGUCCCUCUGCUGCGGCGGCGACGCCGUCGAGCGCGCGGCGGCGCUCCACCGCGUCUACGCCGACGGCGACGCGCUGCCGCGGCGCGACCUCGAGCGGCUCGUCUUCUGGCUCGCGCGGUCGGGGCAGAUCGACGCGAAGAAGCAGGUCGCCGAGGGCGACGGCUCCUUCCCCGUGCAGACCUACGUCCGCAAGGACGCCGCGACCAUCGUCGCCGACGCCCUCAAGGAGUCGUCCCUCGACGAGGACAGCCACGCCCUCACCGAGGAGGACUUCGUCGUCCUCAUGACCGCGAAGGCCAUCGACUUCAAGUAG